AUGAAAUUUUUUAUAUCAAUUUUAUUAGUACUAUUAUUUUUCAGUAAUUAUUUUAUAAAUUGUGAAAAAAUAUGUUUAGGGUAUUAUAAUGAAGAAAGAGGAAAACUACUAUUUGGUAAUCAAUUUGAAGCAAAUUAUACCUAUGUUAAAAUUGGAUCAACAGUUACAAUGACAAUUAAUAGUUUUUUAGUGGAUGACUAUUUAAAUUUCGAAGGUGUUAAAUCUCUAAGUGCAGUUUUUAAUUGUGGUAAAAAUAGACAUUGUAAUACAAACGAAAAUGGAAUAGGUUUUGUGACUACUGGUUAUUGUUAUACCAACCAACAACAAAUGUUAAUAUCAUACUAUUAUUUUAAAAACCAAUAUAUCUACAUUCAAUUAUUAUCACCAAACUUAUCGAAAUGUAAUAAAUUUCAAGUUUUUGGCACAACAUUAGUUUGGAAUGUUAAUCAAGAAGAAGAAGAAAAUAACAAUGAUAAAAGCGAUGAAGAUUCUGAUGACUCUUCAUUUGACCCAAAUAAAUUAAUAAAUUAA